AUGGCCGAAACUCAAUCCUACGAGAAGGGCGCCGGUCCCCUCAAGGAGAACCCGGUCGAGCUACCGCCUCUCGAACAGACGACCAAGGGUCGCUGGGAACGUAGUUGGCCCACUAUUGCCUGUGGUGCUGGCCUCUUUUCUGAUGGCUACUUGAACCAGGUCAUUGGUCCUGUCGGUACAAUGCUGACACAAAUCUACGGAGAUGCAUACACCAAAUCGACUGCCCAACAGAAUGUCUCUUCGAUUGUUUUUGCCGGCACUGUGGUCGGGAUGUUGGUAUUCGGAUACACGAGUGAUCACUGGUCCCGCAAGUGGUCUUUGAUGAUCUCCACUAUUAUCCUGUUCGUCUUUGCAGCUCUCGGUGCUGGAUCCUACGGAGCUGGUGGCAGCUUGGGCGGUAUGCUUGCUGCUUUGACAGCUUACCGUUUCUUCUUGGGAAUUGGCAUUGGUGGAGAAUACCCUGCUGGGUCAGUUGGCGCCGCAGAGAAUACCGGAGAGCUCAAGAGCGGUCAUCGCAAUCGCUGGUUUAUCAUGUUCACCAACUUCCAGAUCGAUUUCGGUUUCGUGGUGGCUGCUUUAGUGUCCAUGAUUCUGGUCUUGAUCUUCACCGAGAAGCACCUCCACGCUUGCUGGCGUAUGGAUGAGCCUGAGGAGUUCAACCGGGAGCGCAUGCACAAGUUCCCGAUCUGGCUGAUUAUCAAAUUCUAUUGGAAGCGCUUGGCUGUUGUUUCUAUCAUCUGGUUCCUUUACGACUUCUCUGCCUACAGCUUCGGUAUCUAUUCUUCAGCCUGGCUCAAGAUCAUCCUAGGUGAUACGGCUCCCUUGUGGAAGAGCUUUGGCUGGUCUACCGUGGGCGUCAUCGGGUUCAUUAUGGCCGGAUGCUACAAGUGGCUUGCGACCCCAGAGAAUGUGGCAGCCUUUGUUGUCGUAUUCGGAAUCUUUUCUGCUCUCGGUGAAAUGGGACCGGGCGAUAACAUUGGUCUCUGCGCUGCCAAGAGUAGCGCUACUGCUAUCCGUGGCCAAUACUACUCCUAUGCUGCCGCUAUCGGGAAGGUGGGAGCUUUCGUGGGCACCUAUGUGAUCCCAGUUGUCCAAAAGAACGCACCCAACCCGACCCGCGCAGGCCAGGACCCAUUCUUUGUCUCCAGCUCACUGUGCAUCUUGGCCGCAUUCAUGGCUAUUUUCAUGAUGCCGGAGAUUGGUCAGGACACCAUUACCCACGAAGAUGCCAGGUUCCGCGACUACCUCGAGGCUAACGGCUACGAUACCACACAGAUGGGUACCCAUAACUACCAGAGCGACACUCACGACCAAGAGUAA